AUGAAGUGGCAGUGGCACGGCGGUUCGUUAGGUCGCGAUGGAGCGCUGUACGCGGUGCCGUGCAACGCGUCGUCCGUCCUGCGGGUGUGCACGAAGACGGAGGAGGUGAGUUUCAUCGGCGGCGACGUGAUUUCGCCGAUGAAGAAUAAGUGGUACGGCGGCAUUCAAGCGCCGGAUGGUUCGAUUUACGGCGUGCCGUAUUGUUCGGAUAAAAUCAUACACAUCGUUCCAGAGACACAAUCGGUGGAGAUGCUCGAACUACAAGGAGCGACUUUGGAGCCGAAUAGCUACGCUUGGCACGGCGGAAUCUUAGCGCCAAAUGGCUGCAUUUAUUGCUUUCCCAGUCACGCUCGUCGCGCGAUGAAGAUUGACUGCGCCACGCGCACGUGCACGCUCAUCGGCGACGAUCUCGGAGACAAGCGGUACAAAUUUGGCGGCGGAUGCGUCGGCCCCGACGGCGACUCGGUGUACGCGUUUCCGAGCGAUUACAAGGCGGUGCUGAAAAUCGACACGAGAACCGACCAGACUUCUUUAGUGGGCGAAGGACUACCCGGAAUGCUCCCAGACUUGCUUAACAAGUGGCAAAACGGUGUUCUCGCGGGCGACGGUUACAUAUACGGAAUCCCGUGCGACGCACCGUCUGUGAUCCAAAUCGACCCCGGGACGGAUUCGGUGCACUUCCUCGGCAACCUGGGCGACUUACCCGACAAAUACCAAGGCGGUUUCUUAAAUCGCGACGACGGCGUCGUGUACUGCAUCCCCGAAAACGCUGAAAACACGCGCGCGCGCGACCGCACGUGCGCGCCGGCGCGUCGACGCCGAUCACGCGCGCGCACCAUGCUCCCGUCCUGGCUCGCCGGGAGCUCGAGCGAUGAGUACAGCGGCGACGAAAGCGAAGGCCCGCGAUCGCCGUCGAGGUUGAAACAGAUCGGUUCGACGGUGAAACACGAGGCGAAGGACCGCCUGACGAAGCUGGCGCGAAGCGGAACCGCGAGCACGGCGGUGGAUGGACUCACGGAUUUCAUCGCGGACCCGAAAUCGCACGCGGCGGCGACGAAGAUUGGAAAUUUGAAGGAAAAGUCCAAGACGCUGUGGACGAACGCGAUGCGGGACGACGAGGCGAAGAUUGAAAGGACGAAAAACGCGACGAAAAAGGCGCUGGAGAUCACGGAAAAGUUAUGCGUGAACGCGGAUCCCGAUGGUGAAGUCGCGCACACGUUUGCGGACGCGGCGAGACGGAUGAAGGAUAUCGUGGAUACGGGGAAAAACCGCGAAGAGGUGCUCGAGCUGAGCAAGACGCUGGGGAAGGAUGUGUGGGAACGGUUGAGCACGCGAGCGAAAGGAAACGAACACUUCACCGGUAUGCGGGGAACCGUGGAAAGGAUCGUGAACAGGGUGAAGGGGCUGAUGCAAAAGUUGCAGGAUGAAAAGAUGAAGCGAGACGAGGAGGCGGCGAUUUCCGCCGUGUUAAACAGCGAGGCGGCGGUCGACGAGAUUGAUUCGCGGCUUAAGACGUUGGCCGAGGAGAGUAAAGAUGUGUGGAGUGAUUUAAAGGCGGAUACGCAACUUAGAGCGUUGAUUAAGGAGGAAGUCGUGCCGGGCUUCGAGCGUUUGAUUCGCGGAGCGGUGCAGGUUUCGUGCGAGCUCAUGUCCAAACUCGAACUCCCGCGCGUGGACGGGGUGUACGAUUCCCCGAUCGGAUCGGUGUGUUAUCACGUAGAUAACGUGCACUUCACCGAGUUCCACGUGUCCAAAGAGUCGUUACGGGUGAUCAAUCACAUGGAUGAGGACGAACUCGGCGCUGGCUUGAGCACGACGGUGGAGGUCAGAGACAUAAACACCGUCAUGCAAAAUGUGGAGUUCGCGUAUUGCGAAUUUCCGCGAAACUGGGGGGUUGUGGACGGUGAAGGAUUAUGUACAGUCACAGUGGACGGCGCGAGCGUGGGAAUUUCGUACGAAAUCAUCAUCAACACGAAUCAGUUGAUGAAACUCGUGAACCAAGGAGUCGAGUUGGCCAAGGACGACGGGAAAAUUGCGGAGAUGAGAGAGAAGAUUGAAGCCAAGAUGAAGGAACGUAAAGAGGCGAAAGAGCGAGAGGCGGCGCGGGCGCAGGCGGCGAAACCGGCGGCGACAACACCCGUUAAAAUCGAGAAGUGCGCGUCAAUCGAUUCGGACCGCGAAGAGUUCGGUUCACCCACGGGAGAGGUUGAUGCGCUAGGUUCCGCGCUCGAUCGCGCGUUUGGUGGUGGUAUGUUCAGCGACGCGCACGACGAUGUAGACUCGCCGCCGUUAUCGCCGACGUCGCCGACGUUUCACGACGCCACGGACGACGCUCGUAUCUUGGGGGCCAAGGAAAAGCUGAUUCGCAAUCGCAAGGUGGUGAGUGAAAUCUUAGGUGACGACUUUUUGGGCGAAGAACCCGUGUUAGAGCUUCGCGUACACACGACGCACAUCUCAGUCGGCGAGCUGGACGUGCAAAUUAGCGGCACGUCCGCGGCGUGGUUGUACAACAUGAUUGCUCUCGUCCUGACGCAACAGCUUCGCGGAACGAUUGAGGAGAAAAUCAACAACAUAACGGUCAAACAGCUCGCGCGAGUGAGCGGUGCCGUUUCCGCGUACAGCGCUGGUCUAAUUGAGGUUUCCAUCUACCAAGACGACGAAUCGGACGACGACAUCGGCUCGAUGUUAUCCGGCGUCACGGGCUCGCUUCGCGAGAAUCCGGGCGUCUGGGGCGAAGACUGGAGAUGUUCGCACUGCCCAGGUGAAGCCCCCGAACACGUCGAAGCGCGACGCAAGUUUGGUUCUCGAUCGCAUUCAAAAGCCUCUUUCGAGGGUUUGGACGAAAUCGUCGAAGAAGCUGACGCGAUCGAGCGCGCGGAGGCCGCGCGCCGGUCGCUCGAAGACGAGGACGUCGACUGGCACGACAUCGCGAGUCCGAUGUGA